CCUACAGAAGGAACCACAGAUUGAACGUUUUCUUAAAAGUUGUUGACAAUUUUCUUGGGUGUGGUUUAUUAUACUGUGGCUGGGGUGUGGUAUGUGUUGGGGAUAUUGGUGUGGCGUUACUGUUUUGAUUUUGUCAGUGACGAAUAAGUGAAACUGAGAUGGCUUCUCUGACUGACGUAAACCGGUUAAACUUCGCCCGGUACGCCAGGUUCAUAUUUACUCUGGGCCAGCGUACCAUGCUACAGGCCUUCCACUGGCUCUAUAAAGGCGGUUCCAUGAGUUUAUAUGACUUCCUCAGCUCACAGUCUCUAGAACUAAAGGGCUUCUUCUCUUCAGAAAAAGAGAAGAUAAAAGGCGGAGAGGAUCCUCUAGGUAUGGACAUAACUCUGCUCUACAAGCUCCUCAGACGGACGUGUGGUCUGGCUGAAGACGACAAGGCAUGGAUCCCCACGCCCGAAUCGCCCCAAGAAACAAGUCUCGAACAGGCCUUGUAUCAGUUGAAGGAACUCCGCGGAGGACUGGGUCAUCCCCACCCUGAAAACUUCAUCAAGAUCUCCGACAAAAAACUAGAUGCCCAGAUGAAGGAACUUCGAGCACUUUACUCCAAGGUGUUGACCCUGGCAGGAAGAAAGGCCAACCAGAAGAAGUGUGUCGUGGAAUCAGCGAUCUCCACCAUGGAAGAAAAGUUUCUGCAAGAACGGUACUCCGAGUCUGGCAUCACAGAGUCCGAGUUCUUGAAUAUGAGUUACCUGGAGCUCUCACUGCAGCAUAUUUUAAUUGGCAAAUUUGAUACCUCCAAGUACCUGGAGCCACGUUUCAUGGUGGAGAAUUUCAAGCAGGUCACAGAUUCUCCUACGGUUAUCCUGUUGAAUGACCUGCUUGGCCAGACCUGUAAGGACGAGUCUAGAUCACAAGUGAUAGUCGUAGUGGGGGAGACCGGGGCCGGAAAGACCUCACUCUGCCAGUUUAUGCGGAGUUCAUGGUUGUUUGGCCAAAGCACUUUACAGCAUCUUAAGGGGUAUCAGUUGGUACUGGGUUUCCACUGUAGCCAGAUCAACACUCGUGACGUACACUACCUCUUACGCACCAAGAUCUUGCCUUACGCCACGUCUGCUUGUGAUACAGCUGAACUGACACGGUUUAUGGCGAGGUUGAAAAUUCUAUGGCUUGUAGACGGCUGGGAUGAGGCUACACGUGAGGCUAAAAGUCUCCUCAGGGAACUUCUAGAGAUUCAGACGACUUCCCACACUGUUCUCAUAGCUUCUAGACCUGAGCUCGGCGCCGCACUGUCAAGCGACACCUUCCCAAUGCAGGAAUUCCUGAAAGUCUCACUUGCAGGGCUUAAUGCAAAUGAGAGAAAAGAGUUGUUGUUCAGGAAUAUGCCCGAGAUCGCCAGCCAGGAGAGUGAGAGGUCCAUAAUGAGGUUUAUAUAUGAUAUUGGACAUUUUAAAGAGCCCAUGGAAAAGGAGAUGAGUAAUCCACUUAAACUCUUACUAACAGCCAAGUUGUGGCUUGAAGAUCCUAAGUUUGAACCUAAUAGUUCCUUAACACACUUGUACAAGACCAAUAUGGAUAUGCAAAUAAAACAUCUGAUUAAGAAACUUCGAGAUGAUGCUUCACCUGCUGAGGAUGAUGCUGAACAAGUCAUUAACAAGUGGCUUAGAUGCUUCUGUAAGGUUGCCUUUAACUUAGUAGAAAAUGGAUCCUUAUUGAGACUUGAUAACAAGAGUAUUAAGCAAUUAAGGGCAGGUUGUAGUGGCUUUGAAUCAUCACAGUUCCUUUCGACAUUUCUUGAAUAUCAUGCAGAACCUGGGGAUAGUUCUGGAAGAGGUCAUUAUGAAUUCUUACACUAUUCCCAGCAGUGCUUCUAUGCUGCAUUACAUUUGGACUUCACCUGUUCCCAGGCUCAAGAACCUGACAUUAAAUUCAACGAAAUAUUUCAGAACUAUGCAAGAGAGUCCAGUGAUUAUAUAGACCCAUGUCUUGGGAUUUACGAUGUAUUCAUAGACUUUCUUGUCUUACUCAUGAUCUUAGUAUCUAGGCUGAGUUGUGGAUGGGUUUGUUCACAGAUGAAUCGCACAGACUUUCAUCAGAAGCUUCAACAACUGGUAAGGAAACUGAUUAAUCUAGUGAGAGAAAGGUGUUCACCACAAAACAACAGAGUGCCUGGCACCUCCAAGAUGAACAACUAUUAUCCAGUCUUACUAAAGGUGUUAGAAAUGCGUGCUGCUGGAUUCUUCACAGCAGAAAUAUCAGCCAAAUCCUUAGCUAACAUGUUGUUUCUCUCACUUGAUGAAGAUAGAAAUCCGACGAAGUGGUUUGAAGUGUUACAUAGUUGUCGGUACCAAGAAGACCUGGUGGAGGAGGCAGCUCUCAGAGUGGACACCACCAAAUGGAAUGUUACUGACGGUGACUUGAAAGCCUCCUGGGAGUUUUUUUAUCAUGUCUUCCCUAAGGAAAUAAUCAUCACCAUCACGAGUGACCCAAAGAGGCUGUCAGAUCUUGAUAUUGUCCUCUUUGCAGUAGCCAGGAUGAAUGUCAAGGUGCAUCUUCACCUCAACUGGCAUUCUCGAGGUUAUGGUUUGGGUGAUCAUUCUGACACUUACCUGAGUCUAUUGUGUGACAAUAAACCCAAGUGUAGGAUGAUAAGCUUCGGAGGACACUUAAGUAGUUCCAGUGUCCAGAGUCUGACAGGUGCGCCCUGGAUGGAAAAUCUGUUUAUUAGGGUCACAGAUGUCAAAUCCAUCAACUCACUUUGCUCAAUCACACAGAAGUUGAGGCGCUUACAGACACUGCAUUUAGUGUAUGACCUUCGAAGCUUUAUCAUUCCCUGCUCAUCUUUAGACGGGUCCUUUGGCAUCCUUAAGUUUAUAGACGGAACAAUCGGAGUUUUAAUGCAGAGAGGCAGCAGAACUCUGAAUGUCUACCUCUACUUGCCGAACCUGAAAGAUUGUUUAGUAACAAAAGCUGUGGAUUUCAUCUCGGGUCUUAAUAAACACUACACAGUACUUCACGUUGGGCACCUUGAUUUCAAGGGAGUGAAGAAAUUGAUUGUAGGUCUGAAUAAUAACGCUGUAUCUGUCGUUAAUCUGGUUAAACCUGUUUACGUCAAAGAAAUUAAUAACUAUGUACAGGUUCAGUUCGGUUCGUUGCCUCUUCAAAUUCCAUUGAAAGAACUGGUUGAAAAAUGGCACGACGUAAGCAGAAAACCUCUAUCGUUAACAUUUGAGUAAGAUCUCUCCCAAGAAAACACGUAAGAUAUGGUGCUUCAGGAGGUACAGACGAUGUGGUUUGUGAAGUAGUUAUAAGUGGAGAGAAAUCAUAAUUGAAUUUAUGUGAAAAAUUAUCAAGAUUGCCUCGAAAAGCUGAUGUUCCUGAGUGUUCUGAGCAUAAUAGUAAAAUGGUAGGAUACUGAAGUAGUCAAGGGUGAGGAACAGAUAUUAGGAAAACAAGGAAGUGUAAUGAGGAAAAAUGUGCACUAAGAAGAUUGUAUAAUGUAUAUGUUUUGAGGGAAACGCUCAUCUUGUACUGUAUAUGGUGUGUUAUGUGUGGAAGUUUAUCGUGGGAUGGCAUGGGGCUUCAGCUGAGAGUUACACAAGAACAUGACUGAUCCCACACUUUACAUCGUGCUACUUGUUGACAUUAUAGGAAGGUUAUAUUUGCUUAUUAAUUGAAAAACAAAUACAAUUAUGAUAAAAGGUAAAUAUUGUAAUGUACUUUAUAAAUCAAUAUAAACUGUGAUUAUUUAAUUGAUUUAAUAGCUUGUAUUUUUCCUAAGUAAAUUCAAGUUUACUAAGAUCAUUUGCAAGGAUAUUUCUUUAUAACCAUGACCAAAAAUGUAAAAAAAAAGAAAAAAUA